UCGGGCCCCGGGCCCCGCAAUGGCUGAUGGGAGAUGAAGGCCGAGAGAAACACUACCGCUCCCAUGGUGCUGCAGGCCUCGCGAUUGCUGAUAAGACGUUGCUAAAUUACCCACAAUGCACCCCCUGUCGUUCUUUCUGCCCCACACGUCGGGGCGGGGAGGAGGAGGCUGUGGUUAAUCCGAUCCUCGCUCCCUGCCCUAGUAGCUGCCGGCCGCUGGGGCUAGGCUCGAGGCCGCCAUGAGCAAGCGGAAGGCGCCGCAGGAGAGCCCCAAUGCGGGGAUCACCGACUUCCUGAGCGAGCUGGCGAACUACGAGAAGAACGUGAACAGAGCCAUCCACAAGUACAACGCCUACAGAAAAGCAGCUUCUGUAAUAUCCAAGUAUCCAAGCAAGAUAAAAAGUGGAGCUGAAGCAAAGAAGCUGGAAGGAGUAGGGGCUAAAAUAGCUGACAAGAUUGAUGAGUUUUUAUCCACUGGAAAACUACGUAAGCUUGAAAAGAUUCGACAGGAUGAUACAAGCUCAUCUAUCAAUUUCCUGACCCGAGUUAGUGGCAUAGGCCCUUCUGCAGCUAGGAAGCUUGUAGAUGAAGGGAUAAAGACAUUGGAAGAUCUAAGGAAAAACGAACACAAGCUGAAUCAUCAUCAGCGAAUUGGGCUAAAAUAUUUUGAAGACUUUGAGAAAAGAAUCCCUAGAGAAGAGAUGUUACAGAUGCAGGAAAUUGUAUUGAAAGAGGUUAAAAAACUGGACCCCGAAUAUAUUGCGACAGUCUGUGGCAGUUUCAGGCGAGGUGCGGAAUCAAGUGGGGAUAUGGAUAUUCUCCUGACCCAUCCAAGUUUUACUUCUGAAUCGACCAAACAGCCAAAGCUUUUGCACCAAGUUGUAGAACAAUUGAAAAAAAUCCACUUUGUCACAGACACAUUGUCAAAGGGUGAUACGAAAUUCAUGGGUGUAUGUCAGUUGACAAGCGAAGAAGAUGGAACCAAUUAUCCAUACAGGAGAAUUGAUAUCAGGCUGAUCCCAAAGGAUCAGUAUUAUUGUGGAGUACUGUACUUCACAGGUAGUGACAUAUUCAAUAAGAACAUGAGAACUCAUGCCCUAGAAAUGGGCUUCACAAUCAACGAGUACACAAUCCGGCCCUUGGGAGUUACUGGAGUUGCUGGGGAGCCCCUCCCAGUAGAGAGUGAAAAGGAUAUCUUUGACUACAUACAGUGGAAGUAUCGAGAGCCAAAAGAACGGAGUGAAUAACUUGCAUUCAUAGGUUUACUGGCUAGUGCUCAUUUAUUUUGUAGCUUUUAUGAAUAAUCAUCAGAGUCAAAGCUAGGUGCAUAUUUAUUGCUUGAACAUUACUUCAGAAGGUGUGUAUUACUGACACUGUUUUUAAACAAUAGUUCCAUGGCACUAGAGUAAAAUAUGUUGUAAAAUUAAAUCACCUAGCAUUGCAACUUGAUUACUGUACUUUUAUUCAAAAAUAUCUCGUAAAUAUCUCGAUAAAAUUCCUCGUAGAUUAAAUUUGGAAUUGGUCCAGAUUUUUGUCUUCUAAUAAUAAAUUAUAGUCUGCCUUUCUCCCUGGGAUACUGGAUAUCUGUGUUUAGAAAGCACAGCUUUUGUUUUAUUACUUUCCUCUACAGUUUGCACGGAAAAAUGUGGCUGCUUAAGAAGGACAAUUACUUAUUAGUGUAUUCAAUGGUGGCUUCUAAAUGAAGAUAUUAUAUUUGUCUUUCAUAAAAGUCAAUGCACUUUGUCAUAAAUUAUAUUUAAAAUAGUCACUACGUGAAUUGAUUUAUGGGUGGCCAAGUUAGUAGGUGCAAAAUAAUGGAGAAAAGUCACACUAUCCCAUCUUGUCUCUGACAGUAACAGCAUUAGUCAAUGGGGUCAUUCUCUCCGCGUAAAGAAAACUGCAUUUUAAUUUUGAUACAUUUCCCUGAAGUGCUGCAAGCCAAAGGUCAAAUCUGCAGACUUCACAACCAUAAUAAACUUUAAAAAGCUGAAAA